GUUCACCAAAAAACCCCCACCCCCCUAAAACCUCCCAGCGCCUUAUAUCGGAGCAUCUCAGAACCAUGCCUUUCAAAAUCGCAGACGUCAUUUCGCGUAUUGCCGUUCCUGCCGGAUUGGCAAUCACACUUGCGCAGCUGGCGCUCUACGACGUAGAGGGCGGCAAAAGAGCAGUCAUUUUUGACCGGUUGAACGGAGUGCAGCCCGGCGUGAUUGGCGAGGGCACGCACUUUGUCAUCCCCUGGUUGCAAAAACCCAUCAUCUACGACGUGCGCACAAAACCAAAGACCAUUGCCACCACCACCGGGUCCAAGGACUUGCAGAACGUGUCGUUGACUUUGCGUGUCUUGCACCGGCCGGACGUGAUGAACUUGCCGAAGAUCUACCAGACGCUUGGCUUGGACUACGACGAGCGCGUGUUGCCCGCCAUCGGAAACGAGAUCUUGAAGAGCAUUGUGGCGCAGUUCGACGCCGCCGAGCUUAUCACACAAAGAGAGGUCGUGUCGGCGCGGAUCCGCCAGGAACUCUCGAGGAGAGCCAACGAGUUCAACAUCCGCUUGGAGGACGUGUCCAUCACGCACAUGACUUUCGGCAAGGAGUUCACCAAGGCCGUGGAGCAGAAGCAGAUUGCACAACAGGACGCCGAGAGAGCCCGCUUCUUGGUGGACCGUGCGGAGCAGGAGAGAAAGGCGUCUGUGAUCCGUGCCGAGGGAGAGGCCGAGGCCGCCGAAACCGUGUCGAAGGCCUUGGCGAAAGCCGGCGACGGCUUGUUGAUGAUCAGGCGCUUGGAGGCCUCCAAGGACAUUGCCGCGACUUUGGCCGGGUCGCCCAACGUGUCCUACUUGCCCUCGGGCGGUGCCGGCGACGACGGCAAGAACAACAGCUUGUUGUUAAAUGUCAACCGCUAGGGCGGCCGACGUACUGCCCUGCCGCGUGCGGCUUCUUUAUCUUGUGAAUAGACGAC